CAUUAGGUGGAGCAUAAAAUAAUGCUGAGGUCUAAUCAAACAACAGGACAAACCCAGAGUUACAAACAGUGAACCUGGAGUGCAGCUCUGCACGGACGGUAGAAAUAGACAGAAAAGACGGAAAAGGAAGGCAAAAUACUGAGCUGUUAAACUUUAAGUAUGUGCAAGUGCUCCGAACCACAGCUGCGGGAACUGCAGAGGUUACUGGGUUUGCAGCUUUCUCUGCAGAACCUGGGAGGAACCACAAUUUGUAUGAUACAUAAACUCAGCAAGAAGAGAGGAGCCGGAAGGACACCGGUAAAUGUCAAUGGGAGAGAGGCACCUUCGCAUGAAGGAACCAGAGAUAGUUAAUGAAUCUACAGAAGAGGAUUUAAUUCAUUUUAAUGUUGGCGGCUGGCAUUUCUCUAUUCCUAAAAGUAAAAUUGCUCAGUUUCCAGAAUCUCUUCUUUGGAAAGAGUCUUCUACUCUGGUUCCAUCUGAAAACCCGAGAUUAUUCAUUGACAGAGAUGGAUUCACUUUUAGACACGUCCACUAUUAUCUGCAUACCUCAAAAUUGUCCUUUUCCAGCUGUGUUGAAUUGAACUUGUUGUAUGAACAAGCAUUCAUUUUGCAGCUGACGCCUUUACUGCAGACUUUAGACAAUCUGAAGGAAGGGAAACAUAAUCUGCGGGUGCGCCCUGCAGAUAUUCCAAUAGCUGAACGAGCGUCCAUGAACUACUGGAGAACGCAAAAAUGCAUCAGCAAACCCUCCGAGUUUCCUAUGAAGAGCCCAGCAUUUACCGGGUUACACGAGAGAGCGCCCUUGGGGCUGAUGGAUACCCCGCUGCUCGACACAGACGAGGAGGUGCACUACUGCUUUCUGCCGCUGGACUUGGUGGGACAGUACCCUGCCCUCGUUAACGACGAUAAUUUGCUGUGGCUCCUGGAGAAGGCCGCGCUGAUAGAAUGCGAAUGCAGUGAGUUCCGUUUCAUAGUUAACUUUCUUCGCUCAGAGAAGAUUUUGUUGCCUGAUAAUUUCUCCAACAUGGAUGCUUUGGAGGCAGAAGUGGUUACUUUGGGAAUUCCAAAGCUGAUCGAUGCAGUGAAGAUUUACAGGGGAAAUUGCUCUCUGCUGACCUCCAACCUUGACAAUUCGAUUAAGGGUGUAGUAAACAAAAUGCUGGACAGUCCUGCGAGACCCCCUUUGUAUGUCAUGGCUCUUGGUGUCUUAGUGAAAUACCCCGAUUCAGCACUUGGACAGCUCCAUAUAGAAAGCACUUUAGAUAGGACCCAGCUGUACAUCUCUGGGAAUGGAGUCCUCUUUCAACAUGUCAGGAACUGGCUGGGAACUUGCCGCCUCCCGCUUACUGAAAAUACAUCUGAAAUCCAAGACCUCUGCGCUUACUUGGACAAAAGGGACAUCACAUAUGAACCAAUGAAAGAUGCUUUGAAAUCAUAUCUGAAACAAAAGAUACCUGCGGAGAUGAAGGGGCACAGUGCAGACUGGACAGCAGAAGUCAGAGUCUACUCCCUGCAUCAGAUUGUGAAAAUUUAUGUAGGAAGCCAUUGGUAUGAAACAUACUUGCAAACCUUGCUGAAGUGUCCAGAGCUCCUGUCAAACUGCAAAAAAGUGUAUUGGAUCACAUAUGGUCAGAGUCUCCUAAUCCAUGGAGAUGGGCAAAUAUUCCGACACAUUCUCAACUUCCUUAGACUUGGCCAGCUGUUUUUACCAUCUGAAUUUAAAGAAUGGUCUCUAUUCUGUCAAGAAGCAGAGGAGUACAGGAUCCCUUCUCUUUUUGAAGCCCUUUAUCAGUGUGAUGGCUACAGAUUGUGGAUGAAGAAACAUGAAUCUUACGAUGAAGCUUCCUUUCCAUUUAGAAGACUAAAUAUUGUGACUUGGAAUAAGGAGCGUGAGUUCAGCAAAGCCUCAAAAGAAGAGCAUUCCUACCCGGCUGUGGAUUUCAGCAACUGGGGCGUUAAUGCCUGGAGUCACAUAACAGACGUGCAGGAUAGCAGAGGAGAGAAAGAAAAAUACACCAGGACGAUUUCACAGAGUAGAGGGACAAAACGAAGGAAUAAACCGGAAGGCUCUCAUCAGUCCACAGAUAUGGGGGUAAAUUCCAGCUACUGUAACCAUCCAGCAAGCCCUCCAAGGAAGAAAGGGGGAAGAGGCAAUCUCGCAAAAAAAUCCGAAAGUAGAAACUCAGCCACUCCCAUUCAGAAAUUAAUUUCCCUGGUGAAGGAAUGGGACAUGGCGAACGCCAAAAGAUAUGAAUUCCAGCAGGUGACGCUCUCCAGCAAUAACCUUGUAGAUAAAGUAUCUUGUCUUCAGACACUUGAAAACGGGGGUGACCUCAAAGAUCCCGCUGACAGUUUUCCUGGGAAACUAAGGCACGCCAUACAGGAGACUGACCAAACUCUCCAAGCGGCAUUCAGUGCUGCAGAGAAACAGCCAGAGAAAUACACGUACAGACAGAAUUUGCCAGUUACUCCACACAGAUUCAGCACCAUCCAGGAGACAUACCCCCUGGAAACCAGACCUGCGGCGUUCGAAGAGCCGAAGGGUCAGGAGCAAAUAGAAAAAGGAUGGCCAGGGGGAGCCGGGAGCCGCCGGCAUGAGGAAGGCUGUGAGCAGGCCAAGAACCCAGACGUGGCCGAUACACUCGAGUGGAGCAAUGGCCGGUUGUGGUCCCGCGAGACAAGCGCAGACGGGUGGGGCCGCCUAGCGAUGCAGCGACGGGACGAUCAGCUGUGGUUGCCAGACGUGCGCAUGCAAACAACUGUCAAUGAGCAAACCAAGGUGGUAACCAAUGAAUUUAGGAAUGUGGGUUUCAUCCUUAAAGUUGAACAUCCUCCCAUCGUAGGCAGUGACGGCUCUUGCACUUGGCAUGAAGAGAGCGUGGUUUACAGCGCUGGCAUCCAACUGGCCAAUGCAAACGCUCAACCAACGGCGAAAGGAAUCGUUUUCCUCAGUUUCGCUUUGGCCCGGGAGGAGAUAUUCUAUGCCCGGAAGUGCCAUUGUUUUCUGACGGACAUCAUCCUGAAUUCCAUCAGGCAGAAGGAUGCCAGGGAGGUCACGGCCCGAGUUGCCAGGCUCGUGCACUGGCUGUGGACCCAGCAGAUCCCACCAGAGGAGUUUGUUGCUGCUGUCUUGAACACAAAACCUUUCAGCGAUGACAGACACGUCCAUGAAAAGCUGCUUAGAUGGGUGGAAUUUACACUGCCAUUCGCACGGAAGUACAGCCGCUGCAUUGAUUUACUGAUACAGAAAGGGUAUACCAAAGCAAUAGCCUAUUUUGGCUUGGGAAAAUAAUUUAUUGGAGCUUUAAUAAAGUUUGACCUAGAUGUUUCUUGCUGUUAAA